UAUGCAGGACCCUAAUAAAUCACUUAGAGAUCCAGUUUAUUAUCGUUGCAAUCCAAUGCCACAUCAUAGGAAAGGGUCCGAUUACAAGGUCUACCCAACUUAUGAUUUGGCUUGUCCAUUUGUUGAUUCCAUUGAAGGUAUAACCCAUGCACUUCGAUCCAGUGAGUAUCAUGAUCGCAACGCCCAGUACUAUCGAAUUCAAGAUGAUAUGGGACUGAGAAGAGUGCAUAUGUAUGAGUUCAGUAGGUUGAACAUGGUCUAUACACUCCUCAGCAAGCGCAAGCUUUUGUGGUUUGUUCAAAAUGAGAAGGUCAACGGAUGGGAUGAUCCUCGAUUUCCAACUGUUCAAGGAAUUGUGCGUAGAGGUCUCAAAGUUGAAGCAUUGAUACAGUUCAUUCUUGAGCAGGGGGCUUCAAAGAAUCUGAAUCUUAUGGAAUGGGACAAACUGUGGACAAUUAACAAGAAGAUUAUUGAUCCUGUAUGCCCAAGACAUACUGCCGUCAUUGAAGAGGGACGAGUGUUGUUAACCCUCUCUAAUGGCCCUGAGAAGCCAUUUGUCCGCAUAAUACCUAGGCAUAAGAAGUAUGAAGGUGCUGGAGAAAAGGCAACAACAUUCACAAGAAGCAUAUGGAUAGAUCGAGCUGAUGCAGAGUUGAUAUCAGUAGACGAGGAAGUGACAUUGAUGGAUUGGGGGAAUGCCAUUGUUAAGAAGAUUGAGAAAGACCAAGACGAAAAUCUUGCGCUCACAGGGGUUUUGCAUCUUGAAGGAUCUGUGAAAACCACCAAAUUGAAGCUUACCUGGUUGCCUGAAAUAGAUUAACUGGUUAAGCUCUCAUUGAUGGAGUUUGAUUAUCUGAUAACAAAGAA